AUGGAAUUGACAAGAUCUCAGAUUCAUGAGCUCCGCCAAUUCAUGCCCGAUGGGCUACUGGAGCCCCUGGUUCCCAUUGCAAAUCCAGACAAAGCGACCUUGAACAAUCAGGUUGCUGAAACGCCCCAAAUUCUUCGGGCUAGCCUUGAUGAGACGGCACGGGCACGUGUCUCGGAUGUCCAGCGUUUUCAGUCCCUGUGGCGGGACCCGGAACUGAAAUCUGUCUGGGAGAGUGUCGAAUCGCGCAUCAAAGAAUCUAAUGGUCAAAUGAUACAGCCAAGUGGAAAGUGGGACCGGGAUUAUGAUGUCCUGCUGAAGGAAUUGGCCGAUAAAGAAAACUCCAAGACGGAGGAACGCCAGCGUGAGGAGGAGGAAGCUGAGCGAGCUAAGGUUCUUUCUGUGGAAGGGGGUUGGCAGAAAGUUCUGGGGCAGUUCGUCCAGCGUGGUGUGCCUGGUGUACGGGUCGCCGAGGAACAGGAUGGGAAUUCCUUGGCUGUGGCCCUAAUCAGGGCAGGCGCUGUCUUCUUGGUCAGGGGCGUUGUUCCUGAGCCUGGAGCCCCGAUCUCCGAGUGGGAGGUCUCAAGCAAGACCGGGAAUCGGGCGCUGACAAAGCUGGAAAUUGCUAUGUUGGAUUGUUUGGGUUCUCGGUCAAGGAAAUGGGAUCUUUCUUUCCUGCUGGAUAUGAUUUCCUCCUAUGGCGAUAUCAAGAGCACAUCAUGUGUCAAGUGUAAUCGCCUGACUGAUGACGGUGCCCAACUCCCCACGCUUCGUCACCUCCGUCAGAAUCAACAGUUUACAGAGGGAGAAGCACGGACAUAUACGUUCGAUGCACUGCACUCGAGCUGUGCUUGA